ACCAGGGAAUCAAACUACUAUAUGGCUCAAGGGAGGGCAAUCAGGCAUAUCAUCUCUCUGUUCAAUAACAUUGAGGACCUUGUUGCUGAAAACAACCGACGAUUAGAAGCCAACAGCGAUGAAGGCUCUACCCUUGAGUACAUAUUUUUUGCUCUCAAGUGGCCAAAUAGGCUGCAGAUAGGGUAUGCUGCCCUCACCAGCACCUUAACAUGGUUUCAUAAGAAGGGCAUGGAAAUGGAGUACGAUGAAUAUUUACAAAUGUUAAAAAUGCUUCAACAUGGGGCUGACAGUGCUCAAGGUGACAACACAUCAAAGCUCAAGGGUCUUGUUUCCAAAUGGGUCAACCAGGAAUUCAAGCCAGAUCCCCUGGUUGACCCCAAUGACAAACAUUCACGCAGAUUCACCAAUGAUGCAUGCGGCAGGCUACUUUGCCCAGCUGAGCUUAAUUGGAAUGAUCCUAUGAUACCAAAAACUCACUAUCGCUCAGAGGCCUGUUAUGUUGUAACAGACCUCUCAUUUCCAACCUACCUGUAUGACAAGUACACUGCUAAUCCUGAAGAUCUGGAGGAAGGUCUCUUCAAGAGUAAAAUUCUCCUUCAGGGAUAUAAAGCUGUCUUUAUAUCACCUUCAUCAGCAAAGGAUGUCAAAGGUGAUGGUGAUGGCAUGGAUGUAAUCCAGCACAACAGGCAUGCUAGGAAGACUGUCUCCAUGAUCAAGGUAAAAAAACAUGUUCAGUUCGCCCUGUCUUCUGUAACUUUGUGGAGGUCUGUUGAUGGAGACUUCAACUAUAUCCAAUUCUGGCAGACUAUAGUAGACUUCUUCGAAAAUGCACCUGGUCAAGAAGUGCAGCAUAGGGCUACCAGAUUGCUCAAGUGGUGGACUCAGAAAAUAUUCAGAAGGAGUCAUCGUAAUGGCCUUAGUGAUGCAGCAAAGGAGAACAUGUCCAUCAACACUCUGGCAAGGCAGAGGACACAGCACAACAAUGUCACUUUCAAUUCAUCCUAG